AUGAGCUCUAUGUUCAAGAAGAAGGGAGGGCCUGCCUUCAAGCCCAAGAUCCCCGCUGCUCGACGCCCCGCGGCACCAGCGCCUUCACAACCACCUAAACCACCACCAUCUGCUUCCCUCCCAGAGAUCGCCAAUGAACCAGAGCCCCAGCUGUCGCCUCAAGAAUCUUCCCAGGAAUCCUCACCGAAAGAACCCGUAGCCGUACCUAUCGAUCCACAAUCUCAAGAUUCUCGUGAACAUGGACAACAGCCUUUUACCCCACCAUCGACCAUCCCAGAGCCUGCAAAACCAGAUGACAGCGCCUUAAGUCAAGAACUGCCUCAAGAAAAGUUAUCGGAGGGGGCUCAUCGCCAAACUGAAACCAAUGAUGCCGUGACAACAAUUGAACAAAGUACUGUCUCAACCACGACCGAAGUAGUUACAGAGCCAGCCACACAAACGAAACCUACAGAGGAGCGAGAACAGAGCCAGCUGCCUGUCGCUGAAGAGUCUCAUUUACAACCCGGAGAAAGUCAAUCUAGUAUAGAAGAUGCGCCCUCUCCUGUACUGCAAACUCCUACUCCAGAUGACUCGGAAGGGCCAAGCGGGACUGAUCUCUCAACUACACCACCACCCCAGGCCGCCGAUCAGAAUGAGUCACAAACAGAGCCUUCGGCAGAGGUACAGACUAUUGCGAAGCCAGUGCGAAAAACACGAGCCAAGAGACAAGCUGCGCAAACAACUCAAGAUGAGGCAGGUACGGAAGAAAGCGCACGACCUAAGAAGCGCCAGAGGAAACCCACUGAAGAGGGCGCAACACCAAAGCAACCAAGGAAACGCAAGGCGCCUACUCAGAGCGGCUCGAGCACGCCCAGGACUAGACGGGCACGUUCAAUGACACCAGAAGACUCGGAAGCUCAACUGGUGGAUCUGCAGAAGUUGAAGAUGGCUGAUCUAACUAAAGAUCUUCACAUUGGAAAGAAAUUCAGCAGACAUGACGAGCUACGAGAGCGAGAACGACGGGCCAGGAUGAAAGCAAAACUUGGAUCCGAUGGUGAAAGAGAUAGCUCAGCAACACCCGAGGUCAGUGGUCAAGGUGAAAAGACAGGUAGUCCAGCUGCGUCAUCACCAGCGCCGUCGGUUCCUGCCUCGGUUCCAGCUCCAACUGCGCCUUCGGGACCUCAAUUCCGUAUCGUCGAUGGGCAGAUCGUGAUCGAUCAGAGCUCGCUGGCUGUAGAUCGACAUGCCCGAGCUGCUGCCGCUGCAGGAGAUAUGGAAACAGUCGAAGAAAACGACUUCACGCGCCUCAUUACAAGCAACUCGUUCAUGAACACCUCGAAGCUCAAAGGUCCUAACAUCUGGACCGAUGCUGAGACGGAACUUUUCUAUCGCGGUCUUUCAAUGUUUGGUACUGACUUCGAGAUGAUCUCCAAAAUGUUCCCUGGCAAGCAGAGGCGCCAUGUCAAGCUCAAGUAUAACCGUGAGGAGCGUCACUGCCCUAGUCGCAUCACCGCUGCUGUCGUAGGUGAAAAGACAGUCAAGAUAGACAUCGACGAGUACAAGGCCUUUACCGGCAGCGAGUUCGAGCCAGUCGAAAACAUCGAAGCCGAGCAGCGCAAAAUACAGGAAGAGUACGAGGCCGAGGAGAAGCGCCGUGCCGACGAGCAGGCCGAGGCCAUGCGCAAGAAGCGAGAAGAGCUGUUCAAGGAUGAUGACGAGGGAGAUGCCAAGAAACGCAAAAAGAAGAAGAAGCAAACCAUCAUCUACGGACUGAACGGCGAGCCGAUCGUCCAGGAGGAAUAA